AGGCAGUGAGGGCUUGGAAAGUCCCCUUCCCAGACACACCAUGGCUGCACGGACUGUCCCCCACGCCUACCCCAUGAGUUCGGAGUAUGAGUUUGCCAACCCUAGCAAGAUCUACGACCAGAACUUUGGAGAAGGUGUGUCCCCGUGUGAGAUCUUAGCCCCUGUCCUGUACCAUGGCUACUACAUCAGGCCUCGGAUCAAUAAGCAGCUGGAUCGAGGCACCUCUGAGAUCAGCCUCAACGACCACAAAUUCCAGGUGUUCUUGGAUGUCUGUCACUUCCUGCCAGAUGAGCUCACUGUCCGCACCGUAGACAACCUGCUGGAGGUGAUGGGGCAGCACCCACAGAAGGCUGACCGCCAUGGCUUCAUCUCCCGAGAGUUCACCAGGACCUACAUCCUCCCUCUGGAUGUUGACCCCUUGCUGGUGAGAGCCACGUUGUCCCACGAUGGAAUCUUAAGCAUUGUGGCUCCCCGGACAGGGAAGGAGGUGAAAGCCAGAGUCAACGAGGUGAAGAUAACCCAAGAGGAGCAGCCAGUGGGGAAAGAACAGUCUGAAGAAGGAAAAGGGAAGGAAGAGUUCUAAAGGCCCCACAUCUGGGCUUACAGAGGGAAGGUGGGGGAGGACAGGGAAGGGGAAUCCACAGUACCAGACCCCUAUUUCUCACCAUCAGUGUUUAGCAGCCACUGAUAUGCCAGAAUUCUGCUUCUUCAAGCUGAUGGCUGGAAAAAGGGACUCGGGACUGAAAAAAGAGGGAGACUGAAGUGUUAGUGUGAGGGACUGUAAUGCGUUUUCUCCAGGUCAAGGGCUCAAUGAGCACAAGGUAGGGUGCUCUUCUCUCACCCCAAAUGGCAAGGGCUGCUCUUACCCUGAACUGUGAGGCUGCGUCACAGUGGGCAGCUGCUGUGCUCUAGUCCAGAAGGGCACUGGAAAGAGGGAAGAAAUCACCCCAGUACCUCGCUUCUGAGCUGACCUUUAUGACCAUAAAAGGUGCUUGUUGGUCUGUAAAAGUGCCUGCAGCUCUCAGGAGGAAAGGGGA